CCCCUUAUAACAUCUUACAAAGGAAAUUAAAGUAAAAGUAGACAAAACAUGGUGGACAAUUCGGAGCCUGUGAAGGCACUGCGAGUUGGACAGUUAGACGCUGACGAGCUGGAUAAUGAAGUUUUAAAUUUAACAAAAUCACAGUUAAACCACGUUUUUAAAUAUCUUCAGACAGGAGUUUUUGCCAGAUAUAAUCCAGAAAUAAAUGCUCUAUUGAAGCUUGUCUUAUGGAAGUUUACAGUAUUUGCAUCUGGAGCUACGAUUGGUCAGCAGAUUUUGAAUAUUCAGUAUAGAGAUAAAACAAGCUUAUCAUGGAUUGGUCAAAGACAGAAAAUUAUGUAUGCUCUGUUAGUGAUUGGUUGUCCAUUGUUAAAAGAAAGGUCAGGGGAAAUAACUACGGGUCUUGGACUAACCAGAUGGAAGAAUGUGAUCAACAAAUGUUUAUCAUGGAUAGAAUCAACAAUAAAGCUAGCAACAGUUUUAAAUUUUUUAGUAUUUUUAAAUCGUGGUGGAUAUUUAUCACUGAUUGAGAGAAUAAUGGGUAUUCAGUCCAUGUAUCCACAACGACAAAGUAUCAGACAAGUUAGUUUUGAAUAUAUGACAAGGGAAUUGUUAUGGCACGGAUUCUCGGAAUUCUUAUUCUUCAUUCUACCACUGAUAAAUCUACAGAAAAUUAAAAAUACUAUAAAAAGAUUAAGUUUACGAAAGACAGUGCCAAGUAAACAGAACAUGACAAGAUCCAAUCAAAAUUUAACAAGUUGUGUUGUGUGUACAGAUUGGCCGAUUCAUCCCCACGAGAUCGGUUGUCAACAUGUGUUUUGUUAUUUUUGUAUUCAAAGUAAUUAUAAAGCUGACCCAGGAUUCACCUGUCCAUUAUGUAAUUAUCCAAUUACAAGUAAAGAUUGUAUAAAACCAUCAGAAAUACAGAUAAUGCCAGGCAGAUAAUACAAAUGGUUUUUAUAUCCAGAGGCAGAUAAUUCAGAUGGUUUUCAUAUCCAGAGGCAGAUAAUACAAAUGGUUUUAUAUCGAGAGGCAGAUAAUACAAAUGGUUUUAUAUCCAGAGACAGAUAAUACAGAUGGUUUUCAUAUCCAGUGUCAGAUAAUACAAAUGGCUUUUUAUAUAGAGGGUUGGGUGGGGUGAAAUUUUGCUAUUAAGAGUGUCAUUCAAUACGUUUCAUUGUCUGGGUCAGGGAUGGUAUUUCACCUGUAUAUUCCAGCCUUGUUCGACGCUAUUUUCCAAACGCCCAAAAUUGUCCGACCGGUAAUAUGCCCAAUCGGACAUCAAGACAUUGAAUAAUAUUCAAAAUUCCAAAAUUAAUAUAGUGUACUGAGUGUAUACCUACUACUGAACAUGGUUAUUGUUAAUAAUAGGAUGGAUUAAUUAGGUAAUUAAGUGAUCAAGGUAUUUAUCGUGUUAUACUGUCUAUACACCUACCUUGAUUAACUACUUAAUCUGCCUUGAUUGACUGACUUAAUCCUUUGUCGGAAAAUUCAUCAAUCUAAUUUUAAACAGAAAUCAUUGCUUCCCCUUUGUCUGACAAUUCAUCAAUCCAAUAAAUGCGAUUAUAAUUUUAAUCCACAUGUUUACCUUGUGGUGUCUCCAUUGUCUGGGUCCAUAGCGUGUUGGGUAGAAACUAUAUAUCUGCACAAAUGAUUUUAUAUCGAAGGGUUGGGUGAGGUGAAAUCUUGCAGUCAAGAGUGUAGUUCAAAAUGUUUCAUUGCUUUUGGACCCAUAUAGCGGGAUGAGUAGACAAUGAUUUUAUAUCAAAGAGUGGUAAGAAACUAAAUAUCUACAAAUAUGAAAGUUUACAUGGAAAUGAAGAAAUAUCCUAUGAAAGUAAAGACAAGGCCAAACAAAUUUGGAGUCUGUUCUUCAGGAAUACUUAUUAAAAUUUGGCUUCCGAUUCUUUAGGGGAGUGGGGGAAUAAUUUCAAAAUAAACAAAUAUACAUGGUUGCUCGUCUCAAAAGGAGGGGUUGGCACUAGGGACCGGGUAUCAUUCAGAUUUGAUGAAAAAAGGAAAGAAACUGAGCUUACCAUCUAUAAUCUAAUACACAUAUUCAGUUAAUAGAUUGCCAUGCAGAAAGUGUUAAAUACCAUCAAGAUUCAUCAAAAACCGCCCAGUUUGUGGUACAGUUUUGUUUGACAUCGGUUGUCUAGUUUAUGAAACUAAAUGGUCAUAAACUGGAUGACCAAUAUCAAAACUAAACUAAAUGGUCAUAAACUAGAUGACCGAUGUCAAAACUAAAUGGUGUUUCUUAAACUAAACGGUAGCACAAACUGGGCGUUAUUUGAUGAAUCUUGAUGGUAUUUAAUACAUCUCAUGACUUUUGACCAAAUCUGCAGUUGACCUUAAUAAUCAAACCUAACCCAGCUUUCAUUGUUAAAAUUAUAAGAGGCUAGUUAUGAGAUUUAACAGCUUUCUUUUCUGCAUCAACCAGGAUAAUGAAGAAGGCAUCCAACAUGUUAUAAGGGAAAGCUUGCCCUGACAGUGGUAUUGGAACCUACUCUGCAUCAAAUUCCGAAUGCCAUGGCAUCCUUUAUGUGCAUGGUAAUGAGUAAACAGGUGGACCUCCAGUGUUUAUUCCAUCCGAACAACUAGACCGUUUCCCAUACCAGCCCUUCCAUCCUGCACCACUGACAAGGGGAAGCCAGGCUGGAAAAUCCAGAGGAACUUUUGAAGUCAAUUCGAGGAGACAAUAAGCCAGUAAUAACAAAAAAAAAAACAAUUAUAUUAUCAAUGUUUGUACAACAUUUACACAUCAAGUCUCUUCAUUAAAAUUCACAUUAUCUAGAGAUUGGAUUCCCUGUAAAUCAUCAAGAGCACGGCCACAGUUUCGAACUUUUCCUUCAACAAGAGUUAACUUCUCUUUGAUUUCAUUGUUUUGAGAUGUAAUUUUUUGUUCCUGCACCUCAAGUGUUUUUAUCUCUUUCUCUAACUUGUCUAACUCUUGUUUCUUCUGUUGUAAAAGUAAGGAUUUUUCAAUUCUCUGAUUAACAACCUGGUCCAAUCUUGAAUCUGUAUCUAAAAAAAAAAAGAAAAGAAAAACAUUAAAAAAAUAGAGAAACAAAUAUUUAAAGGAGCUAAAUCGCUAACAUUUGGGACCUAGAAAUUGACACAAUUGGGUCGCAACGCAUAUAAUACUGUAAUAUGAAUGUAUAUAAACUGAUUUAUAUUCAAUAGAGAAACAAAUAU